GGGCGGGGUGAGGAUAGUUGCUCGGGUUACCAAAGGGGAGGAUCCCCAGAGACCCCCGAGGUCAGGGGACUAGUAGCCUGAGUUGAGGGAUCCUGGGGGUAUCAUGGUGGCUGCUGCCAUCCCUGCCCUCAGACUCCUGCUGCUGGUGAUGAGCAGAGCUGAUGGGAAUGGAAUCCAAGGUUUCUUCUACCCGUGGAGCUGCGAAGGGGAUGUGUGGGACAGGGCACCAUGUGGGGGUCAGGCGGCCAUUGAAAACCCAAACCUGUGCCUUCGGCUGCGCUGCUGUUAUCAAGAAGGGAUCUGUUACCACCAGAGGCCUGACGAGAACAUGCGAAAAAAACACCUGUGGACUUUGAGCUUAACGUGUGCUGGCCUGGUCAUACUCAUCUUUCUCAUCUGUUUCUUCUGGUGGGCCAAACGCCGGGGCCUAUAUAAGAAUCUGAAGCUGCCAGGCCGCUUGAAUGACAUAAAGAAACCAAAAGUCUCCCGGAAAUUCUCCAACAUUUCCUCUCAUUCCUUAUCCUUCAAGAAGAAGGAGAAGUCUCCUCUUCUAGCAGCCGAUGGAGGCGGGCCUCAGCCGUCUAGCGAUGAUGCCACAGAGGCCAUGGAAGGCACCGAGAUGGAAGAGGAAGAAGAGGAUGAAGGAGGGGAUGAGGAUGAUGAAGGAUAGGGGCACCAUGCCCCCUGAAAAAAUAUAGCCUUGGUCAAAGCCC